GUUCUGCACAGGCAUUGUUCCUUAGUUACAACAUCCGGGAGAUUUGGCGUCCUUAGUUACCAAGCGACCACUUCAAAACAUUUGACUUUAUUCUUUUAAACUCUCUCUGAGUUCUCUUUUAAAAAACACUUGAGCGAGUAGGAGAGGCAUUCGCAAAUAAAUGUGUGUCACUUCAAGGGGUAAUGAUGGUAUGUUUUAUUUUUUUUUAUUUUUGCUAAAUACGUAACACGAUGUGUCGUUUUAACGUCACGUACGUGAAAUAGGAUAGAAUCGAAAGCCUUUGUGGUCGGAUAAUGAGAUAACGAUCGUGGUGGCAUCCGUGGGAGAAGACGAAGUUGGUUCGCUAAAUGAAUUACAAACUUCAUGUAACCCAACAAUUACUAAAUUACACUGCUAGCAUUAGCAGGAAUUGUUAUAAUAAUUGAUUAUAGGAGGACAAAAAUCAUACUUGCUGAACACGCCAAUAACUCAUCAUGGAAAUGGAAAUCGGCGUACAAGAUGGUUCAGAAAGCAUUUCAAGACCCGCAUCAAGAGAAUCUUCUGAGACCACACGGAGAAGUCAAUAUGAUAUUAAUGCAACUGAUGAAGAGAAGCAAGAUCCAAAGCUGCAGAGGGCAAUUGAGGAGAUGAAGAGGCUUGAUGAACUUCUGUCUGUAUGCAUGUGCAGAGAAAAAGAGGCCAAGCGUCAAAGAAGGCAAUGCCAAGCAAAACUCUGGCAAGAGCUAAAGGACAUCUUACCUGAAGGCCAAUCCGACAACAGCCACGAGGCCAUGAAUGCGAGGCUAUUUUGGGCUUUGGAGGCACCGAUUGGCUCUCCAGAGAAAGAAAUUGAGUCACUGUUUCAAACACAGAUAGGUGAAGAGAGAGCAGACGACUUCAGCGAAUUAUCUGAGUCUGUGUGCGAGGACUCCGACGACGGGAUCCACGGUAACGCCGACAAAGGCAAAAAGAGACAGAGGAACUUUGUCAAGAGAAAUAUUGAGCUUGUCAGGGGCAAAGGAGGCCAACUGCUGUUGACACAGGCAGAGGAAGAACGUCUGGCCGAGCUCCUGCGAGACAUUGACGAAGAGGAAGAAAAGAGUGCCAGAGACUCAGACAACAAGGAGGACAUGUGGGCCGUGCCGGUGUCGGCGAGCCAAGGUUACGCCCCAGAGGUGUCCGACAUGGAGCGGCUGCUUGCCAUUGACUCCAAACUUUGUCAUUUCCAGCCUGUCGUGACACCGCCCUCAAUGCAAAUCUUCUAUACGCUCUCAGAUGAGGAACGUGUCUCGGACGCCGGCCUCAAACACGAUGGGGACAUUCAGCCAGGAGAGAAGGUCCUGCAGGACAUCAAGGAAAGGAAGAUGCAGGAGAAGAAGCUUCUGGAGAUCCAACGGCAGCUGGACCUUCUGGGCCAGGACCAGGAGAUGACGAGCGAGCCAGAGCGCCUCAGUGAGGAGCAGUUACUUUGCCUGCUGGAUAGAUGUGAGCUGACAGAAACCGAGCCAGAACCUUGACACGAACACGGACCCCCUCCACGCGAGGCCUCGCCGUCAAGAUGUCCGUCAAAACCCGCGCCAUCUUUGAUAUCACGUUUUCCUGACCUCUAGAUUAAGAAGCAAGAACGAUUGUUGGGUGUAUUCAUUUCAUGCUCUUUUUUGGAGAUUUGAAUUGACAAACAGCACAUUCUUUAUUUUUUGAGAGCAAACCCCAAGAAGAAGAAAAGUGGAUCGCUUUCAGAGAUAUUCUUGGUUGUGUUGACAGUUUCUGUUUGUGUCUGCACCUGGCUGACACCUAUGGCCCCGUUCAUCUCACUCUUCACCUCACAUCGUGACCCUGUAGAAAUAAUCUCACAUUCCUGUGAACUGAAAAACAUGUCAGACAGGUGGAGCCUAUGAGGUCGGACCUUGACGAAAGCCGCGUAAUAAGCUGUGAUCACGCAACGUUAUCACUCAAGGAACCUAAACAUGCUCAAAGUAAAUACAAAUGAGAAGAUAAGAUUUUCAUAAAUUAUUAGGAAGGGGUGACGCAUAUUUGCUGUGGGUAAAAAGUGGUAAGCUAAACAUGGCAGGAAUGAGUCAGUGUUAAAGUCUCCAUGUAAAUGCUGCAUUCUUAGACUGUCUGCGUUCUUUGGCUAGAAUUUUGUCUACACUAGAAUUACUGUAUACAACUGGACCUCUUAGGUCUUGGACCAUUGACAAAAAUUAUUCCAUCCUUCUGUCCAUCCAUCCGUACAUCCGUUCGUCCUAUUGACGGUCUCCUUUAUUACCAUUUUGUUUUGUUCCGACUGAUGCAUUCAAUGCAGCGCGGUUUUAUGCAAUUUCCAGCCAUAUAAUUUCAUCGACGAUCGUCAAAUGGAGCGGUGGAAAAGCACUAUUGGAUUGUGGCUUACUGUUUUUAAGAAUUGGGUCACAAUUAUUAGACAGUAAGCAGCACUGGCCCCUGUUUCUUGGCUGAAUAGAUAAAAAUAAGAAAUAUGGGCAUUUUCAUUUUAAUGCAACAAUGCUCAGCAGAAAGUUAAAUUAAUGCCACUUAGGCGUGCUAAAUUCGUCAACGUCUGCUGAUCACACGCCGCGUUUAAAGUUUUAAAGAGAUGCCUGUGUGAUGUGUAAUCAUAUCUGUAUGAACGUGCUGUUUAAGUGGAUUAUAUUUCAUGGUGAGUUUUCCUGCUGUUGACUCCCAAGGAUACUCCCUUUCUCUGAACCAUCAGCAGACCCAACUAAUGGAUUCCAGUUGCUUGACACAGCAUGGCUCGACUCUCUUUUUUGCUUUUGUAAGGACGAGAUCUCAAUCAAAGUAAAUACAACAUCCAGGGUCUUGAACUAUCCAUCCUACUUUUCAACUUUUUGUUUGACAACCCCCCCUCGAGAAAAAAAAAGAAAAAAGACCACAAGUGAGGAGAGAUGCUUUUUUUUUUUUGGAAGCGUUUAUUUUUCUUUUGACAUAACAAAAUAAGUACAAGUAUAAACAGCAUUUUUUUUUUGGUAAAAAAUAUGGUACAAAUGUUUAUGGAAAA